AUGCGAUCCCUCACUCAGCAGCCCAGGUUCACAAAUGCGAGCCCCACACUCGCAAAUGCGAUCCUCCACGCAGCAGCCCAGGUUUGCAUAUGCGAACGGCAUCUAUCUCUUGAAGAUUGUCCUAUAUCGCAUCCAUCAGCCUUCAUAGGUUUUGAUAGGUUAAUUUGCCUUAAGCUAUACAAUGUUACAAUCUCGUACACAUUGCUUGGAAGCUUAAUCUCUCAUUUCCCGUUGCUCGAGCAAUUGGUGCUUCUGCUCCCAGAUAAUUUCAGUGGUGUCAUUGAAAUUAAUGCCCCCAAAUUGAAGUCCCUUGACUUCACGGGCAGAGUAUGGUUUAUCAGUUUAAAAACUGUUCCUCUUAUGGCACAAGUAUCGCUUGCUUUUAGGGGAGGCAUUUUCCUGGAAUCAAAACCUGACUAUACUAGGGUUCUUGAGUCUUUUUGUGCGGUGGAACAUCUCCAUUUGAAUAACCAUAGUCUCAAGUUAUUGGCUGCAGGUGCAGGAGAAGUACCAACUAAUCUUCCCUUUCGUGUUGACUGUGUGAAAAAUCUUUACCUCUAUGGUCUUUAUCUGAGUGAAUUUAGUGUACCUAUAGCACUGGAUAAUAUUGAUUUGGAAGGAAGUUUUGAAGAAACAACAUUCAACAACCUCAGUAUAAUUGUGAUUAGGAGCAUUCGAGGGACAAAUCCUCACAUGCAACUGUUGAAGCUUCUUCUGGAAAAAUCUUCGGCUCUUACGAGAAUCAUAAUCGAGUCAUUGACGUAUGAAGAUUAUGAAAUUCUCAAAUCAGUAAUUGAGCAUUCAGAAUUUAGGUGUGCAUCACCUGACGCAGAAGUUGUAAUAAACUACUAG